AUGGUCCCUCGCAACUUCAGCGAAUCCCAGCUUCGCCCCGAACCAGAACGCGCUCCUUCAAAUAGUACCAAAAUAUCUUACAGAUCUCAUUCUUCAUCUUUUGAAGCGGAUGACGAGAGAUCUAGCUCUGCCGAUCACGAUAGUAUGGGGCCCGAUAUUGGUUCUGCUCAUAGAGAUGUUCCUGCUCAGUAUGCAGGUGAGGAUACACGAUUGACGAGUCGGAAAGAGUUGUCGGGAUGGUACGCCUACGGAUUUGCUGCAGAGGUUUUCGUCAUUUGUGGUAUUGGCUCCUUCAUCCCGAUUACUCUGGAACAAUUGGCAAGAGAGAAUGGAGUCUUACUUUCAGAUCCAACACAACCAUGCGGUUCGAGCUCCACGCACCUUCCUCCAGGUUUACAUCCAGGAAGCGCAAAAGAUUCACAAUGUGUAAUUUAUCUUGGUGGCCUACAGAUAAAUACGGCUAGUUUUGCUAUGUAUAGUUUCUCCCUGAGUGUUCUCUUCCAGGCAAUAUUGGUGGUUUCAAUCAGCUGUGCCGCAGAUCAUGGGAAUUACCGCAAACGAUUAUUAUUAUUCUUCGCAUUCGCCGGAUCUAUAACGACUAUGCUAUUUUUGACGGUUGUCCCGAAGGUUUAUUUGCUAGGUGCUCUCUGGGCAAUUAUCUCGAAUACAUGCUUUGGGGCCAGUUUUGUGCUGUUAAAUUCAUUUCUUCCCCUCCUCGUUCGACAUCAUCCUAAAGCUCAAUAUGGCACGCCAGAUUUUUCGCCCGAGUUUCGUCCUAGUUCCGUUGAUGAAAGCCCUCCGGAACACUCACUAAACGAGCCAGAAGUUGCGGUGUAUGAUGAAAGAAGUGCACUCCUAGCACAUAACAGAAUCUCCUCGCAAGCUUCCGAUGUAGCUGAACCGUUUCCAUUAUCCAAGGAUUCCACAUCAAUUGAGCUUCAAUUAUCUACUCAGAUAUCUUCGACUGGUAUAGGAAUUGGUUAUAGCGCUGGCCUUUUUCUACAAUGCGUAUCCAUUGUUAUUAUUUGGUUGCUCAACGGCACAACCUUUUCCCUACGAUUGGUAUUAUUCUUCAUAGGAUUAUGGUGGUUCCUCUUCACAAUUCCUGCAGCAUUAUGGCUCCGUCCUAGACCAGGACCACCAUUACCACACACGGGCGGUGAAAAUUCAAAAGGUUCACGAAGUUGGUUGGCUUACACUAUCUACGCAUGGUCAUCACUAUUUCGCACUGUAAAACUUGCCCGAAGAUUAAAAGAUAUUACUUUCUUUCUCGCAGCUUGGUUCCUCCUCUCCGAUGCUAUCGCUACGGUCUCGGGCACUGCAGUUCUAUAUGCCAAAACCCAGCUUCGUAUGGCACCCGAAGCACUCGGUCUCAUUAAUGUGAUUGCUACUACGGCCGGUGUUCUAGGUGCAUUCUCAUGGGCAGCCAUUUCCCGCACUCUAAAUUUAAAGCCCCAUCAGACGAUUCUCGCUUGUAUAUGCAUUUUCGAAAUGAUCCCACUUUACGGUCUUCUCGGAUUUCUCCCCAUCGUCAAACGAUGGAACGUCGUCGGUCUCCAACAGCCUUGGGAAAUGUAUCCUCUCGGUUUUGUUUAUGGUUUCGUCCUCGGAGGCUUAAGUAGUUAUUGUCGUUCCCUAUUUGGUGAACUCAUACCUCCCGGAUCCGAAGCAGCAUUUUAUGCUUUAUAUGCCAUUACAGACAAGGGAUCUAGUGUAUUUGGACCUGCCAUUGUAGGGGCGAUCGUCGAUCGAACUGGAGAAAUUAGACCAGCGUUUUGGUUUCUGGCAGUUCUAGUCGGAUUGCCUGCUCCGUUAAUAUAUUUCGUUAAUGUGGAGAGGGGUAAGAAAGAAGGUGCAAAGUUGGCGGAGAUUAUUGAGGGAUUUAAGAUCAAAGAUGCGGAGAGUGCGGGCGAAGGAAGUAGAGGAUCGAGCAUUGAUCAUGAGAGUGGGCAGAAUGAAGGACUUAUUUAUCCUCGAGUUGGGGAAAAUGCAGGAAGAGGGAGAAAUGAUAUAUGA